UCAAUCGUGAACUACACGCAGCGCACCGCCAUACGGACUUUAUCCCGUCGCUCCAGCUUCACAUCCUUAAAUCUUAGCUGACCAUAUGCAAAAGCCAUUCAAGCCACAAUCUCAGAUCUCGACCCCAUGGUUUUCGAAACUCCCUUACUCAGAGUUAGUCGUCCGGUCGCGGCCUGCUCGCGAUGUAGGUCUGCGAAAAUCAAAUGCGACGGCAAACUUCCUGCAUGUACCGCCUGCGAAAGAUCAGGAAAACAAGCUGAAUGCUCCAGUACCAAUGAUCAGUUCGCUAGAGGCAAAGAGCGAAGCUAUGUAUCUACCUUGGAAACAAGGAUAGAAAAGCUUGAGCGAAGGCUGCAAGAGUCUCAACAUAGGAAAGCCUCUAUUGUGACUGAUCACGAUCACAACCAUGAUGGUGCUGUGCUGCGACAUGUCCCUUCCGAAGGCGGAAACAGAACUUCGAAGAGGCUUGAGGCUCAAGAGAUUGAUGACCUCGUUUCUGAUUUCGGCUAUCUCACCGUCAAUGCGACUGCGCGAGAUUUCUAUGGAUUCACCUCAAGCAUGUCUUAUGCCCGCAUGGUGCUCUCUGCUUGCACUAAGGACUCUCUACCACCUGGAUUUGUGACCCCACUACCGCCCAGGAACGAAGCCAUGAUCACCAUCAGGCACUAUUUUGAGAAUUUUUUCGUCAUGUAUCCAUUCUUCGAAGAGUCAAGCUUUUAUGCGUCAAUUGAUGCUGUAUACAACUCGGAGAACUUGCGAAACUUCACAGCAUCACCCUUCGAUCACUUCUCCGUCAGACUAGUACUUGCGAUUGCACACGCUGGGCGCAUGGAGCAACGUGGUGACGGCAACUAUAUGGCCGCGAUUGGACAUGUCUCAGCAGCGUUGGUCCACGCUGAACACGUCCUCCGCCCGGGAUCCAUUGCGAGUGUGCAGGCGAUGUUACUGCUGCAUGAGUACUCAAUGAUCGACCCUCACCAUUUCGACAGCUGGGGGCUUAUAGGCGCGGCCUCACGCGCUAUGGUUGAUUUGGGACUUCACCAGGAUCCUCCCCGAAGUACUUCUAUCUCAAGAGCAAAACUUGAGCUACGAAGACGAGUCUUCUGGUGCGUCUAUGGUUUCGACAGAACAACGAGUUUAAUUCAGUCAAGGGCGUUCUCGUUCUCUGAUGAUUCCGCGAAUGUUGCGUUGCCCUUCUCUGUGGCACAAACUUUGGUCUCGCCAGACGCGAAAGACGAUUCGAAUCAUAUCUUGUUCAAAAGCUUCGGUUCAGCUAUUGACCUUUUCAAUCUGAGACGGAUACAAUCUGAUUGGUACACUGAGCUGUUCCAGUCAGGACGAAUACCAUUGUCAGAUCCUUACCCAACCAUCUGGCGCUCCUGUGAAGCCAUGAGAAGUUGGUUCGCUGGAUUGUCUCUAAGCAUGAGUCCGCAGGUUCGCACCUUUUUCGAACUUAAUCUGCUCUACUCAUACAUCUAUAUCCUCGCCGCCUCACCACGGAUGCCGUUCGUCGCUCCCUUUGCACAGAGCCUGAUCUUCGAGCAUUGCAUCCAAUAUGCCGAGAAGAUGACCUCUCACGCGAACGAACGUGUCAAGACUGCUCCUCUGAGUUUCUACGAUGCCAUGAGAGUGUACAUGACUGGCCGUCAGUUCAUUGAAGUAUUGCAAGGAAAUGAGGAUAGACUCUUGUCAGGCAUCAUCCCAGAUCCGCCACAUGUCCCAGUCGAUUCAGCGCCUCCACCACCAGCACCCCAUACCCCUAGAGACUUCCAGAAGAACCUCAUGCGGAGCAUCACCUGUAUCAAGCGUUUGACGGACUGUCUAGGCCUGUUUGGAUUACGAUGGGGCUACAUGAGCUGGCGUGAUCGUUUUCAACGCGACUCCGAGAGUCUUCUCUCCUCCUUGAAUCAAAGGGUUUGGAAGAGACAGGACUCCUCUAAUGGACCGGCCCGCCCUGUUUGGAACUUUACCGACUCUGUCGUACCCCUCGCAGACACAGUCAUGCCCCCUUCGGGACCACAACAACAUCUUCAACCACUCAUCACUCCGACCUAUCCUCCAGAAUUCCAGCAAAGUACUGCAUUCUAUCAGUCGCAGUACAAUGGCUCGGUACCUCAAACAAACAAUCAGUAUCCAGUAUGGCAUGGACAUAAUUCUGAUGCAAUGGGACCACUCGGCGAUCAACAGGAGCAGCUUGGUAUGCCACACACGCAUAAAUACUGAAGAUGCGAUAUGAACUGCAGUCACCAUCGUACCAGACUUGAUCACAGCUUUACACCGUCAAAGCAAUAAUCGAAUUGUGGCUCACGCAACGACAGCUUUAGCCUCUUGAUGGUGGCUAGUGUGCGAGACAUGCCUGGGCAACGAUUCAGAUGAACUCAGGCACAAUGCCGUAAUUGGUUGUCGCCAAUGAGCUACACGAGGGGCAUAGGAGCCCGAGGAAGCCAUAUCCGAAUAUGCCAGUCAAUAUUCGCGUCG